CGCAUUGUUUCCAUUGGCAUAAUUGCGCGGGUUUUUAGUCUGGAACUGAACACAAUUGUUUUCUUUGCUUAUUUGUAAACUAAUUUUAUGAAAAGUGAAGCGCUGGCAGCUCAUUGAACCGCAGGUCGUGAUGUCCAAGAAGCCUGUUGCUGAAAGAAAGCAGCUUACACUUAGCAGCUUUAUUGGCCUGGAUGGCAAUUCCCAGAGUCAACCUAAGAGCAGAGCCGCAAGUGUCAGAAGCAAGCCGUCCGCAGUCUACAAUCCCAUCUUCCUGGACGCGUCGUCAUCCGAUGAUGAAUCUACGGAGGCAUCCAGUCAAUCCAGCAAGGACACUAUUGCUACGAAGAAGUCCAGCAGAGAUCCUAGAACCGCAAGGCUCAAAAAACACUCAUACAUUGAUCUGUCGGAAUCCCCACUAGCUGAACUUCCUGCCACGAAAUCUGACAGAGAUUCGCCCAUUAAACCAACACAGAGUGAGAGUAGUUACGCGUAUCGGAGAUUGUCUGAAUCUCCUUUUGAAAGUAAAUCCCUUGGCCAUUUACUAAGUAAACCGACUCAAAAUGAAAGGAAAACAUCAAUUGCUUGGCUUUCGGAUUCUCCGGAAAAGAAACUGCCGCAAAAUGAGAGGAAGACCACAGACUCUCCAGUCCGAAAGUACUCCUUUGAGGACUUUCCAAGCAAGCAGAAUGGAGAUAGACAUCCUUUACUCACGCUGCCUGAUUCGCCGCCUCCGCUGCAGCCUGUCAAGAAACCGGAGAAGACUAUGUUGCUAAAUGAAACAAAAACGUUUCAGGAUAAGGACUCUCCUAUAAAGCCACAAGUUACUAAAAAUAAGGACACUGUUCCGACGCUGCUUGACUCACCGCGAGCUCCAAAUACAUACAAAAAGACAGGCAGUACUCGUAAUCUUUUUGAGGAUUCUCCAGAGAAAAGUGGCAGCGGACAGCAGGGUUAUAUACUGGGUUCAGCUAAGGAAAAUGCAGUCCCAACAAAGCCUGCGUCUGCUUCUCUGGAGAGGAAUAGCCUCACCUCCCCACCACCAGCGGCACCAGUGAAGCCCAGAUAUAGUGUGGCUUUUGACAAUUCCCUGGCUGAUUACUUGAAGGAUUUGGCCCAAAGCGACAACUUUAGCAUCGAUCCCAAUAAUCAGAGCGCUGAGACACUGAAGAACACCCUGGGAUUUUUUCGCAACACUUAUGUGGAGCUCAUGGAAAAGUAUUGCUCUCUGAUUGAUCAGAUUCCUGCCAUGCACUUCAAUGAAAUAGCAGGCUUUCAGCCAAAUACAUUUCUUAAGCUCAAGGUGAUGCGACAAAAAUUUAAGGCGCGGACACAGCUUGUCCAAAACACUUUAGAUAAGAAAGAAAGCCAGCUAAAAGCGGAACAGGAAGCCCUUGAGAAGGAGGAAAUGGAAAUGCAGAUGGAGCAGGGCCGUCAUUCAUUAUCAAAAAUAAGUGUAUCAUCUUCACCAGGUAGAAGUAGCCCCAUAAAGCCUCUACCCAAAGUCCAAGAAAAAAAGGAUGAAAAAAUACCCAAGCGAGAACAGCUUCUACAUAACCUUUGCGGGGAGCCAGACAAUUUCUCACCACCAAGCUCGCCACACAAUAUGGAACCUGUUCCGAAACGCCAGCAGCUCAUCCACGACCUUUGCGGGGAGCCAGAUGACUUCUCACCACCCAGCUCGCAACACAAUAUUCCGAAACGCCAGCAGCUCAUCCACGACCUCUGCGGGGAGCCAGAUGACUUCUCGCCACCCAGCAAGCAGAAAGACCCGCACCUGACGCGAAAGUGCGAAGAACUGGUUCAUGACCUUUGCGAGGAGCCGGACGACUACUUAGCACAGAGCAUGAUGCUAGACGGCGACCUGCAGGACGAACAAAUGAACGGACCCACGCAGGGGACCACAAGCAGCCGGAUGGAUGAUGACGAUGAUGACUUGGAGGGAUUGCUGGCGGAAAUCGAGAACGAGCAUCAGGAGAUGCAGGGCCGCAGAUCAGAGUUCAAUGGAUACAGCUAUAAGGAGUUGGAGGCUGUUAAAGUAAAGGAGAAACGUAAGGAGACGCCCAUAAAUAUUUCGUUGGAUGAUGAUGGAUUUCCCGAGUAUGAUGAGGCCAUGUUUGAACAAAUGCAUUCGCAGGCUGCUGCCAAUAAGAGCAGCGUAAGUGCCGUCCCAAGCACCAGUAAGAGCGUUGUACCUGCCAAGCUGAGCAGCGCUCCAGAUUCGCAAAAGCUCUCAGGGAAUUUCCAUGCGAACGUCCACAAUGACGGCAUCACCGGGGAGUUCGAUGGCCAGAAGUUUGAGCACUCCACCCGGCUUAUGCACGGCCUGAGCUACAGCUUUGGCUUGAAAAGUUUCCGUCCCAAUCAGCUGCAGGUGAUCAACGCCACUCUUCUGGGCAAUGAUUGCUUCGUCCUAAUGCCAACUGGAGGAGGAAAGUCGUUGUGCUAUCAGCUGCCUGCCAUUCUGACCGAAGGUGUGACCAUUGUUAUCAGUCCGCUUAAGUCGCUGAUCUUUGAUCAAAUCAAUAAACUGGCUUCUUUAGAUAUCUGUGCAAAGAGUCUGAGCGGAGAACAAAAAAUGGCCGAUGUCAUGGCCAUCUACAGGGAUUUGGAGUCUCAGCCACCUAUGGUCAAAUUGCUAUACGUGACGCCUGAGAAAAUUAGCAGUUCGGCUCGCUUCCAGGACACUUUGGACACCCUUAACUCCAACAACUAUAUAAGUAGAUUCGUUAUAGACGAGGCGCAUUGCGUUUCCCAGUGGGGUCAUGACUUUAGACCGGAUUACAAGAAACUUGGAGUACUUAAAAAGCGGUUUCCAAAUGUUCCAACUAUUGCUUUAACAGCCACUGCCACGCCCCGCGUCCGUUUGGAUAUUCUGGCCCAACUAAAUCUGAAGAAAUGCAAGUGGUUCCUCUCCAGUUUUAAUCGUAGCAACCUGCGGUACAUGGUACUGCCCAAAAAGGGCGCCUCGACGCUGGACGACAUUAGUAGGUACAUCCGCAGCAAACCGGCACACUUCAGUGGCAUAAUCUACUGUCUGUCGCGUAAGGAGUGCGAUGAGACGUCAAAGAAAAUGUGUAAGGAUGGCGUCCGCUCGGUUGCCUAUCAUGCUGGUCUCACGGACUCUGAGCGAGAGGGUCGGCAAAAGGACUGGCUGACCGGAAAGAUCAGGGUGAUCUGUGCCACCAUCGCCUUUGGCAUGGGCAUCGACAAACCAGAUGUCCGAUUCGUAUUGCACUACUCGCUGCCCAAGUCCAUCGAGGGUUAUUACCAGGAGGCAGGUCGCGCAGGCCGAGACGGCGAUGUGGCGGAGUGCAUCCUGUACUACAACUAUGCGGACAUGCUCAGGCUCAAGAAAAUGAUGGACUCCGACAAAGCUCUUCAGUACAAUGUGAAGAAGAUACAUGUGGAUAAUUUAUACCGCAUUGUUGGAUACUGCGAAAACCUCACAGAUUGCCGACGUGCCCAGCAGUUGGACUAUUUCGGGGAGCACUUCACCAGCGAACAGUGUCUGGAGAACAAAGGGACAGCUUGCGAUAAUUGCCUUAACAAACGAGCCUAUAAGGCACUAGAUGCAUUGGAGCACGCUCGUAAGGCUGCGCGAGCCGUCAAGGAUCUGGGCAGCGGUAGAUCUCGUUUCACGCUGUUGCAUAUAGCCGACGUUAUGAAAGGUUCGAAGAUCAAGAAAAUCAUUGACUAUAACCAUCACAAAACGCCCCACCAUGGCGCCCUGAAAGAAUGGGACAAGAACGAUGUACACAGGCUGCUGCGCAAAAUGGUCAUCGAUGGCUUCCUUAGGGAGGACUUAAUUUUUACAAACGAUUUCCCACAGGCCUAUUUGUAUCUGGGCAACAACAUCAGUAAACUAAUGGAGGGCACGCCUAUCUUCGAAUUUGCAGUCACCAAAAAUGCCAAGGAAGCCAAGACGGCGGUCGGCAGUGUUUCGGAUGGCGCAACGAGCAGUACGGCUGAUGGACAGUCUGGAAUGCGGGAGAUUCACGAGCGCUGCUAUACGGAUCUAUUGGAUCUAUGUCGAACCAUUGCCAGCCAGCGAAACGUUACCAUGGCUAGUAUCAUGAACAUUCAGGCCCUGAAGAGCAUGGCCGAAACCCUGCCGCUCUCCGAGAAGGACAUGUGCAGUAUUCCGCACGUGACCAAGGCGAACUUUGAUAAAUACGGCGCAAAGCUGCUUGAAAUAACCAGCAACUAUGCCUCGGAGAAGCUUCUGAUGCAAGCCGUCCUGGACGAAGAGGAGGAACAGGCGGCCGCCAAUCAGAGACCCAGCACCUCCGGAUGGAACAACGAAAGCGUGGACUGGGACAGGGCGGUUGCCUCGCAGGGCAAUGCAAACACGAGCGGGGCCAGCGGCUUUAACUCUUUCAGAGCGGGCAAGAGAAAAAAGGUAUACAAGUCGGCAGCCAACAAGAGAUACAAAACGAGUACUACAUCGCCAGCGCCCAGAAAAACCACAACUGCGAGGGGUAGAGGUGGCAGGGCGGGCGCCAAACGGGCGGAGAGUUCUGCUUCCUCAUCAUCGGGCUGGAAAUCCAAGAAGACAGGGAACAGCUUUGGCUUCGAUUUGAUGCCACUGCCAGGAUCAAAAUAACUUGAAAUCCUUUGACAUUUUGCCUUAGAAACUACAGUUUUUUAUGUUAUAGUGUUUAUAAGCGUAAGAAAGUAGCAUAAGCUAAACGAUUUUGGAAGUAAGCUGUUAAAAAGUUACAAAUUUCUGUAUAAGCAAUGUGUUCAGUUUAUUGUUUGUCCGCUUUUGUUUCUUAUUUGUUAUUUAACACCUUAAAUUUCAGUUAAUAGAAUUAAGAACUUAUCACUAACAAUUUUUACAAUAACUUUCAUUAGCACUUUAGAUGUAACCCCCGCAAGAAAACAAAAACAAAAACAAAAGGAUGCAGCUUUGGUCACAACACUA